AUGAGAGAUAAUGGGGAGACUCAAGCUCUCUCAAAGGAAGGACCCAUCGUGGAGUAUAUGCGCUCGAGAGAAAUAUAUCGAAGUGGUUCAAUCGCUAUACUAGUUGAUGCAUUUCGUCAUAUACGUACUUACAUAAAAUCUUGUUCUGGAAUAAAGGAGAAUGAUAAUAAUAAUAAUGAUAAUAAUGAAACUAAUGAUUGUAUGAAGACUAUGAAUGGGUUUCGUGUAUUAUUUUUUCUCUCGCAUUUUCAUUCUGAUCACUACAAUGGUAUUACCAAUAGUUGGCGUCAUGGAAUAAUUUACGCUAGUCGUUCGACAGCCAAUAUUCUAUGUUGGAAACUUGGAGUUGAGGAAUCUUAUGUGAGGCGAAUGGAAUUUUUUGUAGAGUAUGUUUUUUCAUUGACAAAUGGUGAACUCUUGUAUGAAUAUACAGAAAAUGAUAGAAGUAUGAAUUGUAGUCAUGAUUAUUUUUCAGUUCGAUUAAUUCCAGCCAAUCAUUGUCCAGGAGCUGUGAUGUUUCUCUUUUAUUCUCCUAUCUUUGGAACCAUUCUUCACACAGGUGACUUUCGGUUUAAUGGAGGACAUUCAAAUUCCCUCUACUCCACACUAUCACGUCCACAGUGGGAGUUCAACAUGGCGGAUGAUCCCGUAUUGAAGUGUAUUACGGGAAAUGUGAAUACACUUUAUCUUGAUAACACUUACUGUGAUCCACGCUUUGAAUUCCCCACACAUACAGAAGUCUUGAGAGAAGUUAAUCAGACAUUAUUACACGUUUUUUCGGAGCGUGCAUUGGCUCUACAACGUGAUAAUAAUAAUAAUAAUCAUCAUCAUCAUCGUAAUGGUGAUUGUAAGAGUGAAAAAGAUAAAGAUGAGAAAAGAGGAAAAAAAGUUUCGGUAGCGGUUUUAAUAGGAACAUACUUUAUUGGAAAAGAACGUAUUGCACUUUCUAUUCAAGAAACUUUCCUGCCGUUUCCCAAUAGAAAUGAGGAGGAAGAGGAAGAGGAACAACAAGUCAAGUUUAUUCCAACAUAUGUGUCUCCUGAAAAGUAUAGAUCUCUACAAGAAUUAGAUUAUUAUCCAAACCGUUUUAUUCCUUUUUCACAAAGUAAUGGAGAUAUCUCUUCUGGUUUUAAUAAACAUGAAGUUCAACUACCAGAAAACAUAUUAGGCUCUUCUUCUCCUUCUGCAGCAUCAUCAUCUUCAUUAUCAUCAAGAGUAGUAAGGAGUCUUUUUCCUGUAGACUCAUUGGGUUUAGCUGAAGAGUCCUGUGAAGAAACACGGUACUUUCUCACACCCAUACUUAUUCCUCUUUCUUCUUUGGAUUUCCCUUCUCUCUCUGCAGUAUGUGGAAAACAAGUUAAACGACAACGCAGCGAUAUCACCACAGCUGUUAAUGGUAUAGAAGAUAGUGAUAAGCGUUUGGUAUCCUAUCAAGAAAUGCUUCCACUUUGGGAUAAUGAAAUGCUUGAUUUAAAACAGUUUGAUGGUGUUCUUUGUGUGAUACCAACAGGGUGGACAAAAAAAAUAAAAAAAUAUCAAAUGAACAGUUAUAUUACAUUACUUCAUGUACCAUAUAGUGAGCAUAGUAGUUUUUCUGAACUUCUAGACUUUGUACAAUUUAUAAAUCCGGAACGUAUCGUACCUACGGUUUCACCAGAACUUUUUAAACGGCAUGAAGUGUUAUUUGCAGAGAAGGCUCCUCGUUUACGCCAACAGUACUCUAAUACACAACCCCUCUCUCGUUUCUUUAGUUCCAAGUCAAUCCAUAAAGUGGAAGAAGCACUCAGAAUAACGACCGAGUGUACAAAAAUAAUCUCUUCACAAUUGCAGAAACAGCGAAAUCCAUUUGCUCCUACUAAUACACUUGCAGAAACAAACACUAUUAAUGAAGAAGAGAAUAGUUGUAACUUGGAGUUCCGCUCUGUUUCAACAGAUAUUAUGGUUAACAAAAGGGAAGGUGAUAAAUAUUCCAGUUCACAAAGUUUAGUUAAGCAUGAGUUAUACUCUACUAUUAUUGAAGAAACAAAUAUCUCUACCUAUGAUGAGGAGGUUAAUUCUGUGAACGAGAGGAAGGAGUUAAAGUCAUCAUUGAAUGAUCAGAAGGCGGUAAAAGCGCAGUCAACUCUUCUUUCUUGGUCUUCUUCAUCUGUUGAUGUUGAUAACGAUGAUUGUGUUUGUGUGGGAAUUAAUCCCUCUAUUAUUGAUAUUAGUGACUCUUCUGAUUAA